AUGGGACUACUAAGUAAGGCGGCGGCCUACCACCCGUCGACGGAAUUCCGCACUCAAGAUAAAAUAUAUAUCGGGGUCAUAGGCCCUGUCAUGUGCGCCGCUGUGCUAGAAUGGUUUCUUUGGAUUGCCGCCUUUAUCUAUUGCUUAUACAAGGUAUACGUCAAAGCGGAUCACUGGAGUGUAAAGUUGAUGGCUGUUGUAAUGGCAGUUGCGUUUACCGCCCUCCGCGGUAUCUUUCUUCCAGUCAUGCUUGUUACACUCCCUCUUCCAUAUACGAUUACACGACACUUCCCGCCACGUCUCGUUUCGUUUUUACAAUGGUUCGCAUUUUGGACAUUCGCCGUUCUUCUCAUCAUUCCAUGGCUUUUCUGCGUGUAUAGGCUGGUGACAAAUUCACUAGGGCGGAAGAAGCGUAUAAAGGAAGUUCUCGACGUUCGAACGGCCCCAAAGACUGUCAUUGUGAUGCCGGUCUACAAAGAGGAACCCCCAGUAUUGAUAAAGGCAAUCAAUUCUGUGGUUGAGUGUGAUUACCCCGUUGAGUGUAUCCACGUUUUUCUUUCGUUCGAUGGCGACCAGGUGGACGAACUUUACCUCAAGGUUGUGGAACAUCUAGGAGUUCCGAUAAACUUGAAGACGUAUCCACAGAGCAUUGACGUGACCUACAAAGGCUCUAGGAUAACAAUCUCCCGGUUUAAGCAUGGUGGAAAAAGACACUGUCAAAAACAAACCUUCCGACUCGUCGACAAAGUAUACGAGAACUAUCUCCGACGAAACGACAAUUUAUUCGUUCUGUUCAUUGAUUCGGACUGCAUCCUUGAUCGGUACUGUCUACAGAAUUUCAUGUAUGAUAUGGAGUUGAAACCUGGAAGCAAGCGUAACAUGCUGGCUAUGACUGGUGUCAUCACGUCGACAACGGAGAAAACGUCCUUGAUCACUUUGCUGCAAGACAUGGAAUACAUACACGGACAAUUAUUUGAACGAUCCGUCGAGUCGGGUUGUGGUGCAGUAACAUGUCUUCCAGGCGCACUCACGAUUUUACGCUUCUCCGCCUUUCGGAAAAUGGCGAAAUAUUACUUUGCGGACAAAGCGAGUCAAUGCACGGAUAUCUUUGACUUUGGCAAAUGCCACCUCGGUGAGGACCGCUGGCUCACGCAUUUGUUUAUGAUAGGGGCAAGGGAGCGGUACCAAAUCCAAAUGUGCACCAGUGCGUUUUGCAAGACUGAGGCCGUCCAGACAUUUAGCAGUCUCCUCAAGCAACGGAGGCGUUGGUUUUUGGGAUUCAUCACUAAUGAAGUCUGCAUGCUUACCGAUGCUCGACUUUGGUUUCGCUACCCGAUUCUCUGCCUCAUUCGGUUUAUGCAAAACACCAUAAGAACCACAGCAUUGCUGUUUUUUAUCAUGAUAAUAUCUAUUAUGACGACGUCGAACCGGGUUGAGAAUCUGCCGGUGGGAUUCAUCGCGGUCUCUCUUGGGCUGAAUUACAUGCUCAUGUUUUAUUUCGGGCUUCGACUACGGCGGUUUAAAGCUUGGCUGUACCCGAUGAUGUUCCUCCUGAACCCGUUUUUCAACUGGCUUUAUAUGGUUUACGGCAUUUUUACGGCAGGGAGGCGGACUUGGGGCGGGCCACGGGCUGACGCCGCAGAGGCGGAUUCAAACACGACGCCCGCCCAAGCCGCAGAGCUGGCAGAAGAGCAGGGCGAUGAACUCAAUGUGAAGGUCGAGACAUUUACCGCCGUCCCCAAACCUCAAGAGAGUGUCCCCGUGCAUCCGUCUCACGGGAUUGAGGGUCGCUUUGCUCCGCCAGAAUUGAAUUCGGACGGGUACUACAACAACGGGAACAUAUCAGGACUUUCACUCCCUACGCACGUUCGCCACAAUCCGAUUCUGCCGCAUAUUCCCUUGCACCCACGAGAUUCGUUUCUUUCGGAAUUCACAAACGGAUCAGGGAAUUCUAUCUGCUGGCCGCGGAGGGUCGAAAGUAUCAUUGCGGAUGAGGAGGUGGACCAGGAGGAAGUCUACAUUACUACCGAAGACCAGCAGAAGAUGCAGCUCGCGCGACAAGCUCGAUCGUCCAACGCGGCAGUCGAUGGUGUGCCUUUUGAUUCCGUGUCAGAUCAAGAGAAAGACUCCAUCUCGCGGGCUCUAGGACCGUAUACUCCGGAUAGGCGGUCCAAUGUACACGAGCGUCAGUCCCAAAGCGGUGCUUAUGACCGCCUGUCGUUUGACCGGGCCAGACGACCCCGCGUUGGACAAAGUCCGCUACGAACAAGCAGCGCGGCUGAGCCAGAGGACGAAGAGAGCGGAAUUGGGCGUGCCAUAACGACACCCGAUGUUGCUCGAACGAGAGACUCAUCUGCUCCUGAAGGGGAAUCCGGUAGGAGGGAGCGACGACGACUGAGCAAGACCCCACGGGAGCCACAGGAUAUGGUUUGA